UGGGUCACCCGGAAGUCGAUGAGGAGUUGUGCCAUUAGAUUUGCUAUGCUUUACAUAAACCACUCUGAAUCUUAUAUGAAGUAUUUUGUAAAGAAAAAAAUCUAUAAUGUUUUAAAAUUGUAGUAUUAUUACACAGUACAUAGCUGUGCGCUAAAGUAAGCGCCAUGUCUGAUAGAAAGCGACGGAGAGAAGAGCGGGCGGAAAGACGAGAGGAAAAGCGACUGAAAGACUCGCUCUCAGUCAGACAAGAGGAGGAGAAAUACAACACACACACUGUAAAACUCAGCCAAGAGGUCCAGAAACUCAAACAUGUGGAGACUUUCUAUGAGAAACCUCCCCCUGGACUUAUAAAGGAGGAAGAAGUGAAACCAGAGGACUGUAUUCCUGAUGCCCCCGGGAAUGAGCACGCCAGGGAGUUCCUGGCUCACGCACCCACUAAAGGCCUGUGGAUGCCUCUGGGCAAGGAGGUGAAAGUAAUGCAGUGCUGGAGAUGCAAGCGUUACGGCCACAGGACCGGGGACAAAGAAUGUCCCUUCUUCAUCAAAGGCAAUCAGAAACUGGAGCAGUUCAGAGUGGCGCACGAAGACCCGAUGUAUGACAUCAUAAGGGAAAACAAGCGCAAUGAGAAGGAGACGAGGAUCCAGCAGUUGAGGCAGCUCCUACAGGAUACAACCACCGAUUCAGACUCCAGCUCCUCCUCCUCCUCCUCCUCCUCCUCUCGCCACGCCCGUAACAAGAAGAAAAAGGAAAAGAAGAAGAAAAAGAAGAGGAAGAAACAAAAGAAGAAUAAGAAGCACAAGUCAAAGAGUAGUGAUAGCUCAGACUGAGAGGGGAGACUGUUGUUAUUGGUGGCUCUGGAGGGACAUGACGGGGCAGCUGUAGAGACCUUUGCUAAGCCACUGAGCUCUGCGUUUUCCCUCCUCUGCUCUUCCUCCCACCCUGCUGGCUCUGCUUAAUAAUACAUGCAGGCAUUUCAUUUCCCCUGUCAUCAGAAAUGGUUUGCUUAUGUGACGUCUCUAUCAGCUCGGGCUCAUAUUAGACCGCUGUCAUGUUUGUGCUGCAAGCUUCUGACGGUCCGUGCCUGAGGACGAUGUAACGUCAGCUCUGAUUGGGUGUAGUGUAAGAGGAAUAUUGCUCGCCGCUGUAUUGUAUUUAUUGCUUUUUCCUCUCUGAAUGAGUGGAGUUUUGUUAGGAAUUGAUUCCUCAUGGAUUCUGAAAAUGUUUAACGAUCAAGCAAAGCUUUGCAAUAAUACUGUAUACAGUAAUACUGAAUAUUUCCCCAAAAUGUCGAUGUAUGUUUCUGUAAAUACGUGACUGAAGCGAAAAUGGUGUUAUUAAAUACAUUUUCAGUG